AUGGGUCUGGCGUACCGUCUGCCGCUGCUCUCGACCGAGACGACGGCGAACAUCGUGUCGCUGCUGCGCAUCGUCAUCAUCCUCACCAUUGCCGGCAGUGCCAUCUCCAGCCGCCUGUUCGCCGUCAUUCGGCAUGAGAGCAUCAUCCACGAGUUUGAUCCGUGGUUCAACUUCCGCGCCACAAAGGUGCUCACCAGCGAUGGCUACUACCGUUUCUGGAACUGGUUCGACCCCACUGCUUGGUACCCUCUCGGCCGCGCCGCCGGUGGCACUCUCUACCCGGGCCUCAUGGCCACGUCGGGCGCGAUCCACAACUUCCUCAAGGCCAUCAAUCUGCCCGUCGACAUUCGCAACAUCUGCGUGCUCCUCGCGCCGGGCUUCUCGGGCCUGACGGCGUGGGCCACGUACAUGUUUACGGCGACGAUGAAGGAUGAUGCCGCGGGACUGCUGGCGGCUGCGUUCAUCGGCAUCGCGCCUGGCUACAUCUCUCGUUCCGUCGCCGGCUCGUACGACAACGAGGCGAUUGCGAUCUUCCUGCUCAUGAUCACCUUCUACCUCUGGAUCAAGGCGCUCAAGGACGGCUCGGCCCUGUGGGGCACCGUCUGUGCGCUCUUCUACUUCUACAUGGUCGCCGCAUGGGGAGGCUACGUGUUCAUCACGAACCUCAUCCCGCUGCACGUCUUUGCCCUGCUGUGCAUGGGACGCUACUCGAACCGCGCAUACGUGGCGUACAGCAGCUGGUACGCGGUCGGAACGCUGGCGAGUAUGCAGGUGCCGUUCGUGGGGUUCCAGCCGAUGCGCUCUAGCGAGCACAUGGCAGCGCUCGGCGUCUUUGGCCUGCUGCAGCUCGUCGCCUUUGCCGAGCUCGUGCGCUCGCACAUUCCGUCUCGGCAGUUCAAGGUGUUCCUCUUUGGCUUCGUCGUGACGAUCUUUGGCAUUGCGUUUUCCGGCCUCGUGGCGCUCACCUAUGCCGGCUACGUUGCGCCCUGGACUGGACGCUUCUAUUCGCUCUGGGACACGGGCUACGCCAAGAAGCACAUUCCCAUCAUUGCCUCCGUCUCCGAGCACCAGCCGCCCGCGUGGCCUGCGUUCUUCUUCGACCUCGAGAUGCUCAUCUUCCUCUUCCCCGCCGGCGUCUACCUGCUCUUCCGCGAGCUGCGCGACGAGCACGUGUUCGUCAUUCUCUACGCCGUCAUGGCUUCCUACUUCGCGGGCGUCAUGGUGCGCCUCAUGCUCACGCUCACGCCCGUCGUGUGCGUGAGUGCGGCAGUGGCCAUCUCGACGCUGCUCGACACGUACCUCGACCCGCAAGAGCCGGACAGCGCCGAGGAACAGGCAGAGGCGCUCUCGGCAGCCGCGAUCGGCGACGCCGGCAAGAUCGCAGCUCGCGGACCGGCAGCCAGCGGCGGCAAGAAGACCAAGGGCGCCGCGGUGCCGCCGCCGACGCAGCACGGUGCCGCACCGACGGCGCAACAGCAAGCUGCAAACGCUGCACUCGGCGACAUCCAGACGCCGGACGCUGCGCCCUCCAAGGUGCAAGCCUUCAAGACCGGGCGCGAGUCUCGCGGCGUGUACGGGCUCGACACGCGCGCGCUCGUCAGCGUCUACACGCUCGUCUUGCUGCUCAUCUUUGUGCUGCACUGCACGUUCGUGACGUCGACGGCAUACUCGAGCCCCUCGGUCGUCCUCUCGAGCCGCAACCCCGACGGCUCGCAGCACAUCAUCGACGACUUCCGCGAGGCGUACUACUGGCUGAGACAGAACACGAAGAGCGACGCGAAGGUCAUGUCGUGGUGGGACUAUGGCUACCAGAUCUCGGGCAUGGCAGACCGCCCCACGCUCGUCGACAACAACACGUGGAACAACACGCACAUUGCCACCGUCGGCAAGGCCAUGUCGUCGCCGGAGGACAAGGCGCUGCCCAUCCUGCGCCAGCACGACGUCGACUACAUCCUCAUCAUCUUCGGCGGCCUGCUCGGCUACUCGGGCGACGACAUCAACAAGUUCCUGUGGAUGAUCCGCAUCUCGCAGGGCAUCUGGCCCGACGAGAUCAAGGAGGCCGACUUCUUCACCGCCAACGGCCAGUUCAAGAUUGACGACGAGGCGUCAAAGACGAUGCGCGAGAGCCUCAUGUACAAGAUGAGCUACUACCGCUUCAACGAGCUCUACGGCGGCCGGCCCGGCAUGGACCGCGUGCGCGGCACGGCCGCCGCCACGACGGGCCCGACGCUCGAUGUGCUCGACGAGGCGUUUACCAGCUCCAACUGGAUCGUGCGCAUCUACCAAGUCAAGCCGGAAGACCCAUUAGGCCGCGAUCUGCCCUCGGCCAACGCCUUUGACAGCGGCAAGCGGCGCAAGCGGCCUGCUGCUGGCACGGCGGCGACGGGUGCGGGAGGCCCAAAGGGCAGAAAGACACGACGAGCCUCGACGUAA